AUAAGUGUUUAGAUGUGUCAGAUGGACGGAGCUCAUAAGGCCAGCCUCAAAAAUCCUGCUGAUACAGAAUGCCUUUAAGAUCCUGCCUUUCCCAUCCUAAUCUACAGAGGAAACAGGAAAAAGGAACUUAAAACUCCCUUUGCUCAGACAGCCACAAAGCUAGCCCACUCCAGUAUUACAGCUCACUUGUCCUUCCCUGUUAAGCAAGCCGUUGCUAUACGAUGCACAUAAAGAGCAACGACUCAGGGCUAUCCUACUGAAAGGACGUCUUGUUAUUCCAUGAACUGCAGCGCAAACUGGAUGGAUGUACUUGGCAAAGCGUGGACUUGCUUAGCACUUCUGGUUUUCUGUGGAUUCAGCCUCCUGCUUUCAGGUAAUGUGGAAGCAGCGCUUGACUUGAUAUUGAUCAAUUCACUCCCUACUGUGGCUGAUUCGGAGACAUCGCUAAUCUGUAUCACAUCUAGAUGGUGUUCCCUGGAUUCUAUCAAAAUUGGCCGAGACUAUGUGGCCUUGUUGAACCAGCAUCAAUACCCCCUGGCUGUGGUUGAAGACGAGACGAGGGGAAUUGCAAAGAAGGUGGUGUGGCAAAGGGAAAAGUCUGGUGAAAGCAUUGGCGCCUACUACUGUGAAGGAAAAUUCAAAGAUAAAGUGAAGAAGAUACUUACAAUGAAGAUGCAACAAACAGCUUCCUUCCUUCCAGUGGCUUUAACUAUUACAGCAAACAAAGGAGAAGUUGUCAACAUUCACUUCAUCCGAAAGGUUCUUAAGGAGGAAGAUGCAGUCAUCUACAAAAAUGGUACUUUCAUAUAUUCUGUCCUGAAGCACGAAGUUCCAGAGCUGCUAAGAGUGCCCCUCUCCCUGGUCCAGCUCUCUGAUGCAGGAGUCUACUCUGCCAGAUACAUAGGAGGAAGCCACUUCACCUCAGCCUACACUAGGCUGAUAGUACGACGGUGUGAAGCUCAGAAAUGGGGACCUGAGUGCAGUUCUCACUGCCCAGACUGCAAGAACAACGGCAUCUGUCAUGAAGAUACUGGAGAAUGCGUUUGUCCGCCAGGCUUUAUGGGGAAGACGUGCGAGAAGCCUUGUGGAGAAAACAAAUUUGGAAGAGCCUGCCAAGAGAGCUGUAAAGCCAAAUCAGGUUGCAGAUCUUUUGUGUUUUGCCUGCCUGAUCCAUAUGGCUGCUCAUGUGCAUCAGGAUGGAAGGGGCUCCAAUGUGACGAAGCUUGUGAGCCUGGUUUUUACGGGCCAGAUUGUAAACUGAGGUGUAACAACUGCAGUAACCGGGGAACAUGUGACAGCUUUAAGGGAUGUAUGUGCCACCCUGGUUGGCAUGGUCUGCAAUGUGAAAAAGAAGGUGCAGCAGAUGAAUCACCCCAGAUAGAGGACUUACCCGAUGUAGUGGAACUCAAUUCUGGCUCUGAGUUUAAACCUUCCUGCGUAGCUACUGGCAAACCACUUCCUUCAAAGGAUGAAAUCACAUUGAUAAAAAAAGAUGGAUCAGUCCUUAAGCCUAAAGCAGUGGCCAAUAGAAGCAAUCAGUCAGAAGCCACAGAAGCUACAUUUCACGUCGAGAACAUCCAGCCUUCUGAUUCUGGAAUGUGGGUCUACAUAGUUGAGACAGUAGCAGGCAUGGUGGAAAAACCUUUCCAAGUCACAGUUAAAGUUCUUCCUGUGCCUCAAAAAGCGCCAACAUUGGUAAACAGAGGACAUAAUUUUCUCACCAUUGAAACAAAUGCUGAUUCAUUUUCUGGGGAUGGACCAAUUGUAUCAACCAAGGUUCUCUACAAAAGUGAAAAAACUCAGUGGAAGUCAGUGGAAGUAACUGGAAAGUCCUGGACCCUAGACUCUCUGGAACCAAAAACAGAAUAUUCUUUCUGUGUCCGUCUGACUCGUAGAGGAGAGGGGGGAGUUGGACAUCCCGGGCCAACAGCCAGUUUCACUACAGCUGCUGUUGGUCUCCCUCCUCCAAGAGGCCUCAGCCUUGUCCCUAAAAGCACAACAGCUCUGAACUUGUCAUGGCAGCCAGUGGUCCAGCACGGGGAAGAUGACGUCUACAUCGAGGUAGAAAAGAGUGUGAUGGAUAUGAGUGGCAAGAGUACCACUGUCAUUGGACCGCUAGGAAAUCAGUCGUCUUUGGUUAUUGACAAUUUAGAACCCAGACACCAGUAUGCAUGCCGUGUCCGUGUGAAUGGCAAGUCUGAAGGGGAAUGGAGUGACUACCUCUACGCCUGGACCUUCAGUAACCGACUUCCUCCUUCGCCUGAUAACAUCAAGAUUAUAAAUGUCACAGACUCCUCCGCUAUCAUCUCUUGGUCAACUGCUGAAGGACAUUCCAUCUCCUCCAUCAUCCUCAGCUACAAAAUUUAUGGCAAGACUGAGUACAACCACAUUGAUGUCACCAUAAGGAACGCCACCAUCACCCAGUACCACCUCAAGGGUCUUGAGCCAAACACUGAAUAUCUGGUUCAGAUAAGGGCCCAGAACAAUAUCGGAUCAAGCAACCCAAACCCUUCUUACGAAUUGAAAACCCUCCCAGAAACCAAAGUUCCGUAUGAGCCAAAGGGAGGGAGGAUGUUGCUGAUUGCUAUCCUUGGCUCAGCAGGGAUGACUUGUGUGACAAUCCUGCUGGCCUUUUUCAUUAUGCUGCAGCUGAAGCGUGCAAACUUCCAGCGACGAAUGGCCCAGGCCUUCCAAAAUGUGGUGAGAGAUGAACCAGCAGUACAAUUCAAUUCAGGGACUCUUACCCUGAGCCGGAAAGCCAAAAAUAGCCCAGAUUCCACUAUUUACCCGGUUCUGGAGUGGAAUGACAUCAAAUUUCAGGAUGUGAUUGGAGAAGGCAACUUUGGCCAAGUCCUGAAAGCGCGAAUCAAGAAAGAUGGGUUGCGAAUGGAUGCAGCUAUCAAACGGAUGAAGGAAUACGCCUCCAAGGAUGAUCACAGAGAUUUUGCAGGAGAAUUGGAAGUACUUUGUAAACUUGGACACCAUCCUAAUAUCAUAAAUCUUUUGGGAGCUUGUGAACAUCGAGGGUAUCUCUACCUCGCUAUUGAGUACGCUCCCCAUGGAAACUUGCUAGAUUUUCUGCGGAAGAGUCGGGUCCUUGAGACCGACCCGGCAUUUGCCAUUGCCAACAGUACGGCCUCCACGCUCUCCUCACAACAGCUACUGCACUUUGCAGCAGAUGUGGCCAGAGGAAUGGACUACCUGAGCCAAAAACAGUUUAUCCACCGGGAUCUGGCAGCAAGAAACAUCUUGGUUGGAGAGAACUAUGUUGCAAAAAUAGCAGACUUUGGAUUGUCUAGAGGCCAAGAGGUUUACGUUAAAAAGACCAUGGGAAGGCUUCCCGUGCGAUGGAUGGCAAUUGAAUCCCUCAACUACAGUGUGUAUACCUCAAACAGUGAUGUGUGGUCAUAUGGUGUGCUAUUAUGGGAAAUAGUUAGCUUAGGUGGAACACCAUACUGUGGAAUGACUUGUGCGGAGCUGUAUGAGAAAUUGCCCCAAGGGUACAGAUUGGAGAAGCCUCUCAACUGUGACGAUGAGGUUUAUGAUCUAAUGAGACAGUGCUGGAGAGAAAAGCCUUAUGAGAGGCCAUCAUUUGCUCAAAUACUUGUAUCUUUGAAUAGGAUGUUGGAAGAAAGGAAGACUUAUGUGAAUACAACCCUGUAUGAGAAGUUCACCUAUGCAGGCAUUGACUGUUCUGCUGAAGAAGCUGCUUAAGAUGGAAGAGCUUCAGUUAUUUAUCAGUUUAAAUAACCUAAGAUCUUGAUCUUCUGGGAGGACAUAAUGUGCUGUGAUGUAUAUAAUGGCGUAUAGCACUCUGUACAAUAUCUUUUAGCUAUACACAUACUUUAUAAUGAGGUUUGCCUCAGUAUGCUGUUGGAAAGUGUGUGUACAUAUGUAUGUGUGUUUGUGCAUGCACAUGUGUACAAUAUAAAUCUAUAUAUAGAGAUC